GCGCGUGCGCCUGCUCCCCGUGGGUGGCGCCGCCGUUUUAAGGGCAGGGACCGGGUCCGCUGCUGGGUCGACGUGGCUGCGUUUUCCGCUGCUGCUACCGUUUGGCUGAGUGUCCUUCCAGUUCCUGCGCGAUCUGCAGCGAUAGCUAGAACGCCUCUCCCGGAUCUUGCCUUUCGAGGAUCCAGAGGCUCACCAGAAGAAGGCAGCUCUGCUACUCUACAAGGCGCAGCAGCAACCUUUCAGCUAUGAAGUAUAUUUUGAAUCUGUACCUGCUGGGUGUGGUGCUCACCCUGCUCUCUGUCUUCGUUAGGCUGAUGGAGUCACUGGAGGGAUUACUGGAAAACCCAUUGCCUGGGAAUCCCUGGGCCGUCAGAGGUCAUUUAGCCCACACCGAGCUCCCCAAAGGCCUUCCUGAACACCCUUCCAGAGGGGUACAGUAAGACCUCCCUCUGCACCAGCCGCCUUGAAACAUUGGCCUCAGUGCGUCCUACCAGGUGGCCCAGCAGGAAAGCUCACGGAACCGGUGUUCCCAGGGAACUGUUAAUGAGACCGGUGCUGUCUGUGUGGAUGUUCUCUGCCCUGGAAAAAGAGUCUGUUCAAUAUAGAGGUGUGAGUGGGUUGCCUUUGUCUGUGGGGGAUAUUUAUCCUCUCCUUUUUCCCCAGUGACUCUUGCUUGGCUUUGAUGUCCUUGGCACUGUGCCUCUGACUCCUCUGAAAUGGGGACUCAUGUUGCAACUUCAGCUGUUGGAAGAUGGUGGUAGUUUCAACCUUACAUCCAAAAUAUCUGCCAAUAUCUCCCUUGGGCCCGGAUGCCUUAUGGCUGCUUUGGUUGGCAUGUGUUCAGUCUCCCAUGAGAACGCCUCCAUGUCUGGAUAACAGAUGAUGUGUAUCAGUUGGCUGUGAGGAGGGGGAGGAUGGAAUAUCCAUUGUAUCAUUUCACAUUUUAAAAGUCUUCAAUACAGUGUGUAUGUGUUUGUAUAUAUUGGUCUGAAGGGGACAGUGGGAUGACAGCCUGCCUAGGACGUGGAUAUUAUGGUCACCAUGUGGCUUAAUUUUUCU